AGCACCAGGACUCCUUGGCAAGUCCCUGGACCCCAGCUCUGAGUGCAGAUAUGACAGAUUCAAGCUUGCGUAUCAGUGGGGGAGCCGUCAGAUUUGGAGCCACCUAUGGAGGCAACCGUCUGUUCUCGGGAGCCAGGGGCGGUGGAGGCGUUAGCUCGACUCUGUCCCGUUCGCUCGGCUUUGUGAGAGGGGGUGGAGCAGGAGCCAGUCUUGGCCUGGGAGGAGGUUUUGGGGCUGGAGCCGGUGCAGGAGCUGGACUGGGUCUCGGCGGAGGUGCUCUCGCUCUCGGUGGAGGCCUUGGUUUGGGUGCUGGUGGAGCCAGAGCAGCGGGGAUCAGGGCUGGUAUGGCUCCGCUGAGAGCCCGUCUAGGGGGCCGAGUCUUUAAAAUCGGAGGCUAUGGUUUCAACCCAUCCUUCUUCAGCUCUACCACUACAGUGGACGCAGGUGCCGGUCCAAUGCCAAGCAUCGACCCAACACUCCCAUCACUGGACAUGGUGCAGCUCACACGCUUGAAAGAGAAGGAGGAGCUGCAGGCCCUCAAUGAUAAAUUUGCAUCUUUCAUUGAUAAGGCCAGGUCUCUGGAGCAGCACAACGCAGUACUAAAAGCCAAAAUUUCCAUGUUUACUAACCCAGAGCAGGGUGGACCUGCUAGCACUUCCAUCCUUCUGACCUCUGCCAUCGGAACAUAUAAAUCCCAGAUCGACAGCCUCACUGCUACUAAAGAGGCCAUCAUUGCUGAGAUUGAACACUAUAAAGGCAUUAUUGAGGAUGUUCAGGCCAGGUAUGAUGAGGAAACUGCUCAAACCAAAACUCUGGAGCUUGACUGGACUGCGCUGAAAGAGGAAGUGGAUAAUCUCUACCUUUCCAUCUUUGAGUUGCAAACUAGCAUCGGUGGUUUGGAGGAUCAGAUUGCUCUGUCCAAACAGGUGUAUGAUGCUAAAGUGAAAGAGGUGAGGAACAUUGUGACUGGUGGUGUGAAGUCAGCAGUGUCUAUCUCAGUGGAUAAUGCAGCCCAGGCACAGGAUCUGACCUCAGCACUGACGGAAGUCAAAGCUCACUAUGAAGUCCUGGCUCAACGCAGCAAGCAGGACGCCCUCCUCUCAGUGCAGGACAGUCUCUCCAUGAUGUCUGUAUCCUCUCAGCCCACAUCUCAAACACUCACCUCAGCCAAGGACGAGCUCAGAGUUUACAAACUACAGAUUGACUCUGUGCAGAGAGAGAUCGAGAGGCUCAAAUCUCUGAACUUGCAGUUGGAGUCUCAGGUGGAGGAGGCAGAAGUUCACUCCAGCUCCCACUCAGAAACAUACCAGGAUCAGGUUCUUAUUCUUAAGUCCCAGCUUGAUGAUCUCAGGAAGCAAAUUACUCAUUAUGGUCAAGAAUAUCAGGUGCUUCUCGCCAGCAAGAUGUCGCUGGAUGUUGAAAUCACAGCCUAUAAGAAACUCCUGGACAGUGAAGAGAACAGAAUGAAAUCUGGAGGUGGUGUCACCGUGCACAUGUCUAAGACUGUGGUCGGAGGAGGAGGAGGAGGAGGUCUAGGCCUGGGCCUGGGUGCAGGGGGGGCAGGCUUUGGUGGAGGUGCCUCAGGCCUGGGAGGAGGUCUUGGAGGUGGAUUUGGGCUGGGGGGAGGCCUAGGAGGUGGUCUUGGGGGUCUAGGACUGGGACUCGGUGGAGGUCUGGGCUUUGGAGGAGGUGCAGGGAGCAGUUACAUGUCCUCCAGCCUGAACAGCAGUGCCUUGUCCUCCACUGUUUACUGAAGAUUCACAGCCUCCACUCUUCAAGCCACAACAGAAUGCUGAGCUUCCACAUGAGGCGGCGAGGAAACUUCAUGAAGAACACCUCGUAUAAGUUUUGACAUUAUGACCGCACCAUCACGUACAUUUAAAAUAAAAAAUGAUGAUAGAUCAGUUCCCCAUCUGUGGGGCGAUGUUCGAUGAGUCUCCAAAUUCUGUAUUAAUUCACCACCAGAUCAAAAUGUCUGUAUUUCCACGCAUCACUUCCUGCUACAAUAAUAAUAAAAAAAUUCCAUUCAUGGUUAUUACUGAGGAAACCCACAGUGGACUUCAAUCUUUCCAUGUUAUAACGUCAAUAACAUGUCAGUUCUAAUAAUGAUAAUUUCAAUUG